ACGAGAGAGAUUUGAAUGCGAGGAAGCAAAGCGAUGGUAUAAAACAACAUGGAACAGUAUGAACGUUGGCUAUUUUAGUUUGAAUCGUGAUUAGAGUUGGAUCGAAAAGGAUUAGAUCAUUGUGAUAGAAAUAUUUGAAUCCUGUUGCUCAGGAUAUUUUAAUUGUUUGAUGACAUAUUAUCAUUUUGGUGUAAAUUUUGUUCACAAAAAAUAGUUGAUUAAAAGUUUUUAAUAAGUUUUCAAAAUAAUUGAUGACUUGGAAAAUUUAAAAUAAUUUCAUUGAGAUUGAAGCAAGCCAUAGCUGAAUAAGAAAAAAAGAGACAUGUUUACGAACAUUAUUUUGUUAUCACUUUUUACAAUCAUAUAUGGUAUAAAUGGAGAAAGUGGUAACCAAAAUUUAAGAGAACAACAGAAUGCAUAUAAUCUUUUAGAUGUGCCAACACAGCAUGAAGAUUUAAGAUUUUUUAAAACUCCCCGAGCCAUCAGAACACCUUUUAGAAAUACUGAAAUUAUGACAGCUCGAGGAUUCGGGAAACGAAAUGAUGAAAACACACAAUCGAAUUAUGGAAGGGAAAAUGAAAUAGAAAAACAAGACAUGAUUAAUGACUACGGAAUGGCUGAUGAAAAGGUUCAGCGUUCUUUUCUCUAUCCAUAUUUCCAAGAUUUAUUAAAGCUCCCAAAAUUUUCGGAUUCAAGUGUUUCAUCUGCUCCUAUUAAGAAUCAUCGAUUGCAGUUAAGAGACGGUACCUUGAAGUUUCGAUUGAAUGACGGAAAUCUAAGAAUAGGCCGAGGAUUUGGAAAGCGUAGCUUUUUUGUUGACUCACUUGCAGAUGAUAGAAACAGCUAUAAUACUGCAGGACUAUUGAAGGAAAUAUCGCAACUUAACUAUAAAGAGAACAAGGAAGAGACAUAAAAUGAUUAAAAUUUAAAAUUUAUUUAAUUUAUUGGGAUAAAAAUAUGAAUGCAUUUGAAUAAUCAUACUUAUUUCAUUGAAAUUUGUGGCUGGAGAUUAUUUAAUGCAGUCAUUUUUUUAAACAAAAAAAAUGCAUAGAAAAGCAUAUUAAAAUGUUAUUAAAGCAAAACAAUUUAAAAAUAAAAAACAGAA